GAAAAAAGCGGUGGGGUGUCGCAUCGGUCCUUCGCGGCGAUGUCCUCUUCCAGAUCGAAACGCCCUGCAAAGGGGAUGCCCAAGUACAAAGAGGAGUCAGAUGGCUCUGUAUCAUCUGAGGACUCUGACUGGGAUCCAGAUGAAACAGAAGUGCCAGGUGGUGGCAAAAACAUCACAGACGUGAGCGACUCCUCCGGCCCGGCCACCAACGGCCGACCCGGCCUCCCCUCCGACCUGCUCUCGUCCGCCAUGGACUCGUCCGGCGUGGCGGGCGGCUCCGGCUCGGGCUCCAGCUCCAGCUCCAGCUCCAGCCUGACCGUCAAGCCCGAGCCGGGCUCCUCACAGCGCCAGUCGAAGAUCGACCGUCUGAUCCGGGGCGGCCUGCUGACCAAGGCAGACGCUCAGAGCAGCGACGCCGGCUUCCAGGUGAUCAAGACGGAGGAGCCGCAGCCGCCGCACGUCAACCCGGCCGGCAUGCUGCAGCAGUCGCUGAUGUCGGGCAGUCUGUCCCGGCUGGCGCCCGGCGGCAUGAUCAUGCCUCCGGCCCCGCCGGGCGCCUCUGGGCCGCGUAUGAAGGUGGCCGUCAAACCGAACUCGCAGCUAUAUGAUGAUCAACUGUUGGCGAUGAGCGCCGCCGCCAUGAUGAACCCGAUGCUGGUGCAAACGAUGGCCGCGCAGAUGGCCCAGAUGGGCCUGCCGCCCAUGAGCCUGGGCCAGAUCCAGCAGUUGCUGCUCCAGCAGAUGGGCAUGAGCCAGAAGAUGCCGCCCAACAUGUGGAUGAACGACUACAAGAUGCCUCCUCCAAUGGCCGCCGGCUUCCCGGGAAUGUUCCCACCGGGGGCCAGUCCGCCGAUGAUGGGGAUGCCACAGGAGGACGAGGCCGGUGAGGAAGAUGACGAGGACAUGGGUGUGGCGGAGACAUACGCCGACUACAUGCCCAGCAAAUUGAAACUGGGCCGCAAGCACCCGGACCCGGUGGUGGAGACCGCGUCGCUAGCCAGCGUGGCGCCCACGGACGUGUGGUACGAUCUCUCCUUCCCCGAGGAGGUCAUCAGCCAGGGCAAGCUGUCCGCCCUGCAGCUGGAGGCCAUCACCUACACGUGCCAGCAGCACUCGCAGUUCCUCAAGGAUGGCUGCCGCGCCGGCUUCCUGAUCGGUGACGGCGCCGGCGUGGGCAAGGGCCGUACCAUCGCCGGCCUCAUCUACGAGAACUACCUGAAGGGCCGCAAGAAGGCCAUAUGGGUGUCGGUCUCCAACGACCUCAAGUACGACUCGGAGCGUGAUCUGGGGGACAUCGGCGCCGGCAGGAUCUCCGUGCACUCGCUGAAUAAGCUGAAGUACGCAAAGAUCAACUCGCCGGUGAACGGCGACAUCAAGAAGGGCGUCAUCUACUCCACCUACUCCUCCCUCAUCGGCGAGUCGUCGACAGUCGGCGGCAAGUACAAGACGCGCUUGAAGCAGCUGCUCAACUGGUGCGGGGAGGACUUUGACGGCCUCAUCGUGUUCGACGAGUGCCACCGCGCCAAGAACCUGUGUCCGGUCGGCUCGUCCAAGCCGACGAAGACGGGCCUGACGGUGCUGGAGCUGCAGAAGCAGCUGCCGAAGGCGCGCGUGGUUUACGCCUCGGCCACGGGCGCCUCCGAGCCCAAGAACAUGGCGUACAUGGUGCGGCUCGGCAUCUGGGGCGAAGGCACGCCGUUCGCCGCCUUCAGCGACUUCAUAUCGGCCGUGGAGAAGCGGGGCGUGGGCGCCAUGGAGAUCGUAGCCAUGGACAUGAAGCUGCGCGGCUCGUACAUGGCGCGCCAGCUCAGCUUCCACGGCACCUCCUUCCGCAUCGACGAAGUGAUGCUGACGCCCGAGUUCACCAAGAUGUACGACGAGUCGGUGCAGCUGUGGGUGGAGGCGCGCGAGAAGUUCCAGCGCGCCGCUGAGCUGAUCGACGCCGAGAAGACCCUCAAGAAGUCGAUGUGGGGCCAGUUCUGGUCGGCCCACCAGCGCUUCUUCAAGUACCUCUGUAUCGGCGCCAAGGUCAAGCACGUCGUCAACACGGCCAGCAACGCGAUCAAGAUGGGCAAGUGCGUGGUGAUCGGUAUGCAGUCGACCGGUGAGGCGCGCACGCUCGAGCAGCUGGAGCGGGACGAGGGCGAGCUCACCGACUUCGUCUCCACGGCCAAGGGUGUGAUCCAGUCGCUGAUUGAGAAGCACUUCCCGGCGCCGGACCGGGACCGCAUCAACCGCCUGCUCGGCCUCAAGCCGGACAAGCCGUCGCCAGAGUUCCAGCAGAUCCUGGACGAGAUGAAGAGCGAGGCGGCCGCUCCCUCGGCCGGCAGCAGCGGCGGCAGCUCCGGGAAACGCAAGCCAGUGCGCCAGGCCGCCCGCAAGGCCAUCAAGCGGUACAAGGGAGCGUCGAGCGGCUCCGAGUCCGACUCGGACGUCUCCAGGAACGGCCGGCGCAACAACGGCAGCGGACGCGGCGCCGACUCCGACUACAAAAUGUCCGGCUCGUCGGACGACGAGGACGAGGAGGAGGGGGAGGCCGAGGACAGCGACUCGGACGUCCAGUCCGCAGACAUGACCGACGACGAGGAAGAGUGGGGUGGCGGUCGGAAGCGGAAGGCGGCCAAGCCGAAGAAGCCGCCGCCCAAGGACAAGUUCGCCUACAUGACGGUCGGCAACCGGGCGGCCGACGGCGAGUAUCACCCGCCCAGCCGGUCGGCCGUCGAGAUGGCCUGCCUCAUGAAGGAUGAGCUGCUGAGCAAGAUGGAGAAGCUGGGCGACCGGCUGCCGGCCAACACGCUGGACGAGCUCAUUGACCAGCUGGGCGGCCCCGAGAACGUGGCUGAGAUGACCGGGCGGAAGGGGCGCGUGGUGCAGAACGACGACGGCCAGAUCGCGUACGAGUCGCGUUCGGAACAGGACAUCCCGCUGGAGACGCUCAAUCUGACGGAGAAGCGGCGCUUCAUGGACGGAGAGAAGGACAUCGCCAUCAUCUCGGAGGCCGCCUCGUCGGGCAUCUCGCUGCAGAGUGACCGGCGCGUCAAGAACCAGCGGCGCCGGGUGCAUAUCACGCUCGAGCUGCCGUGGAGCGCCGACCGGGCCAUACAGCAGUUCGGUCGGACCCACCGCAGUAACCAGGUCAACGCGCCCGAGUACGUGUUCCUCAUCUCGGAGCUGGCCGGCGAGCGCCGCUUCGCCUCGAUCGUCGCCAAGCGGCUCGAGAGUCUGGGUGCGCUAACACACGGCGACCGGCGCGCCACCGAGUCACGUGACCUGUCGCGCUUCAACAUAGACAACAAGUACGGUCGCUCAGCGCUCGAGGCCACCAUGAAGACGGUCAUGGGCUACGAGCAGCCGCUCGUGCCGCCACCUGACGACUACAAGGGGAACUUCUUCCUCGACGUGAAAAGGGCGCUGGUCGGAGUCGGUCUGAUCGCCCACGAACAGCGCGUCUACAUGCUGGACAAGGACUUCAACAACAUGAGCAAGUUCCUCAACAGGAUACUGGGCAUGCCGGUGGACCUGCAGAACCGGCUCUUCAAGUACUUCACCGACACCCUCUCCGCCAUCGUGGCACAGGCCAAGAAGACGGGCAGAUACGAUAUGGGCAUUCUCGAUCUCGGCUCGCAGGAGGGCUCGGUGCGGCGCACCAAGCUGCGUGUGUACCUGCACAAGCACGCCACGGGCACCGGCCGCACUGAGCUACACACAGUGCACGUGGAGCGUGGCUGCAGCUGGAAGGAGGCGCAGGACAAGUGUGCCGAGCUGGAGGGCAGCGACGAGGGCUUCUACGUGUCUCACCAGAUUCGGAACGGCAAGCUGACGGCGAUGCUGGCCGUCCUGGCCGACCCGGGCAGCAAGCUGAAGCAGCUGAAGAAGGACGAGCAGCUGUUCACCGUCUGUCGACCGAACACUGGCGUGCAGAUCCGUAUGGAGACGCUGGCCGAGAUCAAGAAGAAGUACAAGCGCGUGCAGCCGGACGAGGCGGAGCGCCACUGGCAAGAGCAGUACGACGCCUCGGUCACCACCUGCUCGCACGCGUACUGGCGCGGCGUGUGCAAGCGACGCGGCGUGGGCGUCGACUGUGACGUGGGCCGGCGCGCGCGCACCUACCACGUGCUCUCAGGGUCGGUGCUGCACGUAUGGACGCGCGUGGAGGGCGUGCUGUCGUCGGCCAACGUGAGCCAGGCGCAGCAGAAGAUGCAGGUCAUCAGGGUGCGUUGCUCCGACCAGCUGAAGAUUGUGGGCAUCGUGGUGCCGAAUCACGUGGUACCAAGUCUGGUAGAGAUGCUGGAGGAGGCCGCCGACUCACACUUCGUAGAGAAUCUAGACAAGGACUAAUGGCCCCGAGCCGGCCGGGAGUCGGCCCGACCGGCCGGCUGGCCGGCAUCUUACCCGCGGUCCCGGCGUCACCUAGUCAGCGCUGUCCUCUCAUCAAGCAUCGCGCGGCCGGCGCGCUCGUGUACCGCCCGCCGCUCUCCGCCGCGCUCCCCGGCCGGCGCCACGGACGCAGCUGUUCAUUGUUCUCGAGCGUGGCGGCGGCGCCGCGCGGCCGCCGCGCGCCUGGUGCCGGCGCUCUCCUGGCAGGCUAUUUAACUAGGUAGUGAUACUUCUUUGUACCUAUUUAAGCUGCUUGGUUUUCGGGCGCGAUUGCCGGCGCGCCGCGAGAGUGGGGUUGGCCGCGCCGGACCGUUUUGAUUCCGUUGCAUUUACGUGCUGUUACAGUGUAGUGUGUCCCACGGGCGGUCCGUCUAUCCCAGAGCGUCCCCUCUGACGCGCACGACCACGGUUUUGUAAUAAAAUGUUGUUUCGACGUCAGGUA